AUGGGGGACUCUAAGCUCUGUCUUUCUCUACUCCUGAUAACACUUACCUUGACUUAUGCCCAAGAGAAGCAUGCAACCUGCCUGAUAAACGAAAGGUACAAAGCCUACCACAAAUAUGAAUAUCUGUACGAAGCUGAGUCCUUGAAUGCUAUCAAUGGUGCUUCACAUCUCAAGAAUGGACCUAAAGCCAAUUGCAAGGUUGAAAUUGAAGUACCUCAGACUUGUAGUUUCAUCGUCCGCACCACUGGCUGUAGCCUGAAUGAGGUGGUAAACAUGGACGCACAGGGCAACCCUGUGUUCAGUCCUGCACCCAGCUCUGAUGCCUUUGCUGCUGAAAUGGAAAAAUAUCCUCUGAAGGUUGUGGUUGAUGGUGUGUACGAUGUGAAACUGUACCCUGAGGACGGUGAGACGACAACCAUCCUGAACUUCAAGAGGGGUAUUAUCUCUGCCCUGGUUGUUCCAUUGCUGGAAGAAGACAAGAAUAAGAAUAUGCCCACUAUCCACGGCAUGUGCAAGACACAUUACUCUAUCAACACUAGAGAAGAGAUCGCAACUGACAUCAGCCUCACCAGGGAUCUGUCAAGAUGUGACAAAUUUGUCCCAAUGAGAGAUCACACCAGCCCCCUGGCGCUCAUCUCUGGCAUGCACUACCCUCUUGCCCAGCUGGUCAGAAGUUCACAGAACUGCAACUACAAGUUCGACAAUGAGAAGAAACACAUGACCUCUGGGUCCUGCACUGAGAAACACAUCCUCAUUCCCUUCUCUCACAAGGGAGAAUAUGGAGUUACCAAUGUUGGAAAGCAAAGACUGACUCUGGUUCAGGUUUCUCCUCACAAUGAAAGAGUCUUUGACCACAAUGAAAACAUCAAGGGUCUUCACAUGGAGGCUGUUGAGGACAAAAGUGUUGUCCAGGAUAAAGUUACAUAUCUGAACCUCCUGAGAGAACUGGCCACUCUGCCCGAGACCGAGGGUGAGAGGAGGGCCAACCUCUUCCACAAGCUUGUCACCAUGGUCCGUGGAAUGAAGACUGAAACCCUGAGUCCCGUCAUUCCCGAGGCUCUUGCCGUGUCUCGUGUCCUGACCUACCAGGUCCUGGCCCAGUGUGGAACCCCUGAGUGCAGCAGUGCCAUCAUGCAGAUCCUCAGGACUUUUGACAGCUCUUCACUCGAGGUUGAUGCCACUGUUUUUGCAAUGGGACUCAUGUCCAAUCCCUCUGCCCUCCUGAUCAAUGACAUGCUUGAGAUGGCCAAAUACAAGCCCAGCAAGCCAAUCAUGUAUGCCCUGAGCAAUGUUGUCAAGAGAUUUUACAAAGCUGAAGGAAGACUGAUCCCUGAGAUUCACGCUGUUGCUGAGUUUAUGGCUGCCCAGUUGGGUGACUGUUCUGGUGACAAGGACAGUACUUUCAUGACACUGAGGGUUGUUGGAAACAUGGCUCCAGCUGUGGUAACAGCUAGUCCUGCACUCAGAGCUGCUGUGAUCCAGUGUGUGAACCAACCUGCAGCUUCCCCUGCUGUGCAGCAGGCUGCCAUUCAGGUCUACAGGCUGACUGCUGUCCCUCAGGAGGGCAGAGAGGUUCUCAUGCAGGUGCUUUUGGACACUGCCAGCCCCAUGCAAAAGCGUAUUGCUGCAUAUCUGGUACUUAUGAAGGACCCCCAGCCCACUGAACUGAACCAGCUGACUGAUGCCUUGCCCAAGGAGCAGGACAAACAAGUCAAGAGCUUUGUGAUCUCCCACAUUACCAACAUUUUGUCCUCAACUGAGCCAGAGACCCAAGACCUGAGACAGAAGAUUGGUGAUGCCCUGCAGGGUAAUGAGAUUGGUCCAAUUAUGGACCCAACCAAGUUCUCUCGCAACUACAAGAUUGGAUCUGUAGAGGGCAACAUGAUCUUUGAGGGUACCAGCUACCUGCCCAAGGAGGUCAUGCUUGAAAUGACUCUGAAGGCAUUUGGCUAUGACAUUGAUAUGAUGGAGAUUGGUGUGGAGGGAAAAGGACUGGAGCCAACCAUUGAUGCCCUCUUUGGAGAUGAUGGAUUCUUCCCAGACACUGCCCUGAAGACAAUGUACUUUGUCUCUGACAACAUGCCACUUAGAGUUAACAGGAUCCUGCAGGAUAUGCUGCCUGCAAUGAAAGGGAACUCAAGGAAGAGACAGGCUACCCAGAACCUGAUGAGGGAGAUUGGGAACAACUUCAACAAAGUGAUGAGGGAACUGAAGACCACACAAUCUCCAGAAGCAAUGGUUUAUCUGAGGCUUUUGGGAAAUGAGCUGGGAUAUCUGAGGACCAAUGAAAUCAGAGAGAUGGCCUACUCUGCUGCCAUGAUGAUCGACAACAUGUUCAAAAUUUUCCCUACCGAUGUAAUGAAGGCACUGAUGACCAAGGCUGACAACACAAUCUUCGCCCACUACAUCUUUAUGGACAAUGAAUUCUUCCUGCCUACUGUCACUGGCGUGCCUCUCAGGAUUGCACUGUCUGGUACUUUCACUCCUGGCAUCAAGGGUGGACUUCAGAUUGCCCGUGACAUGAGUGAAGUUACCUUCAUGCCCUCUGCUGGCAUUGAGUUUGUAACUCAGGUUGGCUCACACAUCCCUGAAUAUGUGAACUCCGGAUUAGAGAUGCACACCAACAUUUUCCACGAAAGUGGGCUCAGUGCCAAGAUCUCCAUGGGACGUGACAAUGUCAAGUUGACCAUUCCUGCGCCAAUGAGUCCCACAAAGCUCAUCAAAAUGACAAACACCUUGGUGGCAGUGACUGGAUCAGAGGUGACAACCAUUCCCUCUAUGGUGAUGGACAAGGUUGAUGUUAGUGAGUGCACUCCCGUCUUCACAGGAAUGAAAUACUGUACUGCUCUGCACUACACUGAUGCUUUCUCUCAAGAGACAGCCCCAUACUUUCCCUUCACUGGAGACAGCAAAUUUGCUGUGGAGCUCCACCCCACUGGUGAAGUCACUGAGUACACAGCCACUGUUGCCUAUGAGCUCCUCAAGGAGGGAGAAGAGGGUCGACAGAAGGUUGACUCUGUGAAGUUUAUUUUGAGGGCUGAUGGUCCGGAGCCCACUGAAGCCAGAGCAAUCAUGAAAUAUAACAGAAGGAAGAACGUCAUCACAGCCGAUAUCCAGAUACCUGACUAUGAUGUGGAGGCUGGACUCAGGCUGGGUGUUGUUGAUGGAAACACCAAGGGCAAAGGAACUCACUCUAUCUCUCUUGACUUUAUAAACAAGAACAUCCCUCAGCUCUCCCUGGUUGGCCGUGCCAAUCUGAAGGCCAUGAGGGAAGGUAUGGUACAAGUCCAACUUCUUGUCCCCUCAAUCAAUGCUGAUGCCACUGUCACAGCUAACAUAAAGCGUGAUGAAGAAUUGGAAUUGGAGCUCAAGAGUGACAUCAAGUUAUUGGAGACCACUUCUGAGCAGAAAAUCACAAUGAAAUAUGAUAACAGCAAGUUGGAGAUUGAAUUAAAGUCGGAUGUGAACUCUGAGAUCUUGGAAAUCCUUCCAUACACUGACGAGAUUAAAAAGUAUGGUAAUGAUGUUCUUGACAUGCGGGUAGGGGCGACUGAUAUGACGGUCUGCCAAAUCUUCAAGGCAUUUGUGGAGGCAACGAAUAACCACAUAGAAAGGUAUGCUGCUGAUAUACCUUACAUCAGGAGCUUCAGAGUACAUGAUAUGCCUGAGAUUUCCCUGCCUGAGACACUGUUCUUCAAUGCUGAGGCAAAGGUUGUCUACCACUUCAACAAUGAGCGCUUCACCAUUGCUCUCCCUCUCCCUCUUGGAGGAAAGUCAACAGAAGAGCUUAGCUUCCCACCAGCUUUGACCAUACCUCACGUGUCUCUUCAACAGUUUGGACUGGAAAUUGUCUCCACAGAGAUUCCCAUCCCAGAGCUUGUUGUACCUGAGAGCCUGACUCUGUCUGUCCCUCUUUUUGGCAAAGCUGAAGUUUCCACUCUGAUGAGGAGUAACCUAUAUGACAUGGAGGCCUCAGUGGCUGCCGGCAAAGAUGUUGUGGAGACACCAAGCUACUCAGCUAAGUUUGAUGUGAAAGGAACCUCUCCACUUGACAUCCUCUCAAUAAAGAUUGAAGGCUCUGGGAUGUUGAGCAUCACUGAUUACAUCAAGGCCAAUUUAAAAAGCUCUUUGGUCCAUAAAUUCAUUGAAGCCAGUGUGACUAUUGUUGAGGAUGCAACAAUCACAGACAAAAUCAAUGUGAGAUCAAGCAGCAAGAUUGAAGCCACAAGCCCACUUGGUCUCAAUAUUGCACUGGAGCACACUGGUAUGGCUGGAAUCAACACUGAAGAAAUCUCUGCUGAUAGCAACUUUGAUGGAAUGUUCAAGGCUGGACCCAUGUAUGGCAAGACCAUUUCGACCCAGUCACUCACCAUCUCCCCAUUCAGGCCAGAGGCAAAGAUUGAUUCUACUGUUCAGUUUGACUCCACCAUUCUUCAGGCCAAGAACACAAUUGCAGCAACUCUUGCCAAUGGUGAAUUCUCAGUUGUGUCUAACACCAAUGUCUUUGAAGACAUCUUGACACAUGUUGCAGAGCUUUCCUUCAAAGACAGCAAGCUGUCACUGAAAUGUGAUGCAAACGCACUUGCUCUUGGUAUGAAGAUCCGCAACCAGGCUGAAGCUUCUGCUGGUGCCGGUGAAGUCAUCAUGAGAAUGGAGACAAAUGGAGAACAUUCUGAAAAUAAUGUUUACUCUCUGCUGACUGCCUCUCUUGAUGUCAAUGGUCUGGCUGUAAGCAGUGAUAUAAUGGUGAAGCUCCUUGACAAUGAGGCUACUCACAAGGCUACGCUGAAAAUGGACAAGGAUGGUUUGGUCACAAGGGGAACAAACACUCUCAAGAGCCCCCUGGCCCUGGAAAACACCUUUAGUGCUGAGCUUGAUGCUUCAAGGGCUACUCUAUCCAUUAUCAACAAGGCAGCAAUGAGUGACAUCAAGGUUGAUAAUGUCAACACUCUGACCAUUACUCUCUCUAGCCUUGACUUCAACUCAAAGGCUCAAGCCACCGCAAGUGAGUAUGCCUCUUACACUCAUGAUAUCACCAUCGACCUGAAACCCUACACAGCUUCUGCAAAUGUUAAUAACAACCUGAAGCUUCUGGCGGCCAGCUUCAUUAAUGAUGCCCAGCUGCAGGCAGAGCUGUACAAGAUGGACUUGACUGGAAGCCUCAAAGCCAUCUAUGGUGAGGAAGAGAUCAAGCACACAUAUCAGGUAAACUAUGCUGAUAUGACUGCUAAUGCAAAGUGCAGCACCACUGGAAAAGUCUUUGGAACUCACAUGAGCCACAACACUGAGCUUGAAGUUGUCGGUCUUGCUGCCAGGAUCACCAAUGACGCACGCUUCAACUCACAGCCAAUGCGCUUUGACCACACCAUCCGCUGCAGUGUUGUUCCUUUUGAUUUCAACCUUGAUGCCGUUUUCAAUGCUGAUGGCGACCUGACUAUGUAUGGCAAGCACAGUGCCCAGCUCUAUGGCAAGUUCCUCCUUAGAGCACAACCCCUUGCUUUUGCUAGCUCACAUGAAUGCAGAGCAUCAGUAACCCAGCAUUUGGAAAACGGUUUUACCCUUGAGACGAUUAUUGACAACAACAUGGAUACUGUCCUUUCAUACGUAGAGCAGAAGACGAGUUUUAGAAUGAAGUCGAAAUUGAAUGACCACAUCUUCAGACAGGACAUAAGUCUUUACAACACUGCUGCGAAAACUGGCAUUGAGAGCUCCAGCACAAUCCUCACAAACAUCCUCAACACAGCCUCCACAGAGAAACAGGAAUUCGCUAUCUCUGGCUUCCUCAAGUAUGACAAGAGCACAAAUGGUCACAUAAUUCAGUUACCUGUGAUUGAAAGUCUUUCUACUUUCUUGGAAAGCAUUAAGGUGCUUUUUGUACAUGCUGCAGAAGCACUGCAAAACUAUGUCAACAAGGCGGACAUAAGGACUAAACUUGAGACUCUUUCACAACAUGUCAAUGACUUUUUUGCUCAAGUGGAUAUAGAAGGCAGUCUAAUUCAGACAGAACAGCAUCUAAGGGAUUUAACCCAAAACUAUGUCAUCUCCAUGGAUGAUGUGAAAGCCUGUUUAAGGAAUCUGAAGGUUACCAUUGAGAAACUGCUGGCUGAUCUCCCUGUUUAUAUGCAACACAUUUCUGAUGUAAUGAAGGACAUUUUAGCUAUAUUCACCCUCCCUGAUACCCUCAUUCAGAAGAUACAGCAACAGCUGAAUGCCAUUAAUGAUGAAUAUGACAUCAAGGCCAUGCUUGUAUAUGUGAUUGAUAGCAUAAAAGAGAUGGUCCAACAGAUUGACCUUGGAAAACUGAAGGGUAGCAGCAUCGCAUUCCUGCAUGAUAUUGAUGCAAAGUAUGACAUCAAGACUCAACUACAGACUUUCAUGAGUGAUAUCAAACAAACAAUUAAGGCCAUUGACAUGCAGACAUUUGUUGCUGAGCUGAAGAGGUUCAUUUCAUCUUUUAACUUUAAAGAUCACAUUGAGGAACUAGUCAGUCAAAUUCCCACAGAGAUGCUCAAUGAUGUAACAGAUUAUAUUAGGGAAAUGAUUCAGGACCUUGACAUCCUAGGUAAGAUCAAUACAGUCUAUGGCAAGAUGGGAGAGUUGAUUGUAAAGUUUGAGGCUGACAGAAAGGUUCAAGUCAUAUUGGAAAAGCUUGUGGAGCUCAUCAGGCAGUUUAGAAUUGAGGAAACCAUUAGGGCUGUAGCCAAGAUGGUGAAGGACGCAGGCAUUACUAGUAAAUUUAUGGAGGUCUUCCAGGGUGCUAUCAAUUACUUGAAAACAACUGAAGUUACGGAUAUAAUUUCAAUGUUCAAUGAAUAUAUUGGGAUUAUUGAGAAGAAAUUGAAUUCAUUUGAUUAUAAUGACUUUGCGGAUCACAUCAAUGGACUGAUAGCGAAGUACACAGCUUACGUGAAUGACCUGAUCAGGUCUCUUGAAAUCCCCCAGAAACUUGAGGCAACAAGAGAUUUUGGCAACUUUGUCUUAUCGUCUGUUCAGGGAUCUGUGGAGCAACUGAGGGAAAUUCAAAUCACAGAAUUUCUAAAAACUGUGAAUGAUAUCUUUGACCAGCUUGUGUUAAGUAAUCUUAGGGCAGUUGGUGAAAUUAUAAAGCAAAAAAUUAUAAAACUGGAUGUCAAUGCUGAAAUUAAUUCUUAUCUGCAGUUGGCAAGAAAGUGCUAUAUUGAGUUCAUAACUAUUACCACUGAUGUAUUCACGAGUAUGGCUGAGAUGAUUAAGAAAGUGGUGCCUCAGCCAAAAAUUGUCAGUGAGAUAUUACAGAUCAUUGAGGGGCUCAUUACUGGGUUGAAGAAAGCCGAGCUGAACAUGCCACCCUUCACCAUUCCUCUCACUGAUCUUGUUGUGCCUUCCAUGAAGUUCAGCAUAGAUAAGCUUCACCAGUUUGAAAUCCCACCACAGCUGGACAUCCCUGAGUUCACGAUCUUGGGCUUCCACACUAUUCAAGCCACAACCAUCUCAACUAAUGACAUUAAACAGAGAAUCAUUGAUUUGAUCGAUUUUGUUCUUAACUUUGAGAUGAAGAUAUUUAAUAUGGCUGCUUCAUUUGGAGACCUGACUGUGAACUACUUUCCAGUCUUGCCUGAGUUUUCCCUUCCUGAGAUUACAGUGCCUGAGCUCUCCGUUCUCACUCUUCCUCAUGUUCCAGCAGAGAAACUUGUUAAAACUCUCCAACUCCCAACAUUUAAGAUGCCAGUCAUUCCCAGUGAGAUCAUGAUUCCAGGAUUUGGUAAACUGAGUUACGAGGUAAAAGUCAACUCCCCCUUCUACACAAUUAGGAAUGCUGCUGAAGUCCAGAGCUCUCUUGAUGUAGAUGAGACUCCUCAGCUGACAGCUUUUCUGACUUCCCAAGGAACAUCUCUCAGCUUUGAAAUCCUUAACUUCAAUCUGGAUUCUACUGCUCGAAUUGUUGUUACCAACAGGGAUCGUGUGACUGCUGCUGAGACCCUUAAGUUCACUCACAAUUUUCUUGCAUUAGACCACCAGGCAUCUGUGAGAUUUUAUGACUUCUCAGCCCAGGCCUCAGCCAAGACCAUAGUAAAGGCCACCACAGCAUCUUACAAUGCUGAGCUUUCAAAUGAAGCUUUCUUAUCUACCAUGGGUGGUUUAUCUGUCACUAGUGACACUUCUUAUAAACAUGUGCUCAACCUCCCCAUCAUGGGCCUCACCGAUGAGACAUCUGCAACUCAAAAAGCUGUGGUCCGCCAGGGAGGCACCUCUAUUACAAUAACUGUUGGGAAUCAGGGUACUUCCACCUUCAACUCUCAGGACAGUAUUCACAAGAGUGACCUGCAAGUCACGGUCAAUCCAAGUACAGUCAAGUUGGCCUUCAAUAGUGACACAGACACAUUUAUUUAUAAGAUGAGACAGGCCCUGAGCGCUGACUUUGUCAGCUUCAGCCAUUUCAAGUUUGAUAUUCGCUCUGAAGCAGAAGGCCCCGCAGUCAAAAACAAUCUUUUCGUGGGCUCUGUGAAUGCCAAUCUGCAUGACAUGAAGCUUGAGCUGAAGGCAACCCAUAACACAGACUUAAUUGGUGUUGUCAAUGGAGCCCUACACAACAUGAUUGAUGUUGCUCUCUGUCCCAAAGAGGUUGUGUUCAGCUUUAAGAAUAAGGGUAACACCAAGGUCAGUUUCAAUGAUGCUUUAACUGCCAAAAUUGAUCUGCAGAAUGAUUACUCAGCCAUCUUCAAGCCUGACAACCAACAGAUAAACACUGUUGCUCUGGCCCGUCUUAAUCAAUACAAACUUUUCUGGAACGUCACAGUAGAGAACAAUGAGAGGGAAGCUGCCAUCCUUGCUGCUGUAGAAGGGGAAGCAAAUCUUGACUUCCUGACUAGGCCCAUCAGCAUUCCUGAUGUCUAUAUUCCAUUUGUUGACUUCCGUACCCCAGCUAUCAGUGAUCUUGACUUGUAUGAUCAAACCGGGCUGAAACACAUUUUGACUACCACUGAACAGACUGUUGAUUUGGAUGCAAAGAUUGUUUACCAGAAAAGCCGGGCUGCCCCCCUUGUUGACAUGAUGGGUCUGAUCCAGAUUCCCUCUGUGGGUAACCUGAUUACAGAGCUGUCCUUCAAGUCUGCCAUCAUUAAUCUGAAUGCCAAUGCUGGACUGUAUGCUGAGGAUGAUCUUGUCUUCCGUCUUGGAGCUACCACAGCCUCUGUGUUUGAGGCUCUAAAAGCCAAACUUGAUGGCACCACCAGUCUGACCACCAAGAGAGGAAUCAAGUUGGCCAAUUCCCUGUCCCUUGAAAAUCAUCACAUUGAAGGCACUCAUGACAGCACCAUCAGUGUGAGUACUGAGACUUUUGAAACAACAGUCUCUGUGGCUACUGUUGCAAAGAUUGCCCUGCCCAUAUUCAACCUGGAAGCAAACCAAAAUCUGGUUGCAGACACCAAAACCAAAGCAAAUGCUGUGUCCACCUUGAGUAUGAAAGGUGAUUUCAACAUCCCUGUGAUCAAGGCUGUUGGAAAGACUGAGGCAGACCACAGUCUGAAACUGGAGGGAACCUUUGAGUAUAUUUCCAUGGAGGCAUCCACUAGGGCAAAUAUGGAUGGCACUGUGCUUCAAGAUUAUCUAGUUGUGGGAGUCCUGGAUAAUGAGGUUAAUCUGUAUCUGAAUAAUGAUGGCCUACGCUCCACCUCCAAAGUUAUUGGAGAUGCCAAACUUAACUAUGGCACCACCAAAGUCAUUGACAUGGAUGUAAAUGAGAAUCUUGCUGUUGAAGCCUCCCUGAGCCGUGUGUAUGCAGUGCUGAAGUAUACUGGCAACAAUGAGGCAAACUUGUUCAAUUUCAACACCAAGGGGAAGCAUAUUGCCCAGGGAACCAUUGACCUUGCACCAACAUCUUCUUUAACUGUUGAUAUGGAGAUCGACAUUUCUCAGCCAAGCAGCCUGGGUGAUCUUACCAUCUUUGAGAAAACUGUUGCUGAAGUCACAGCUGUCCAGCAGAAGAUGUCUACCAAUGUCAAGUUUGUAAGCCCUCUGUACACCACAAGUCUGGCAGCUGAAGCAGAGUGCAGUGCUCCUGUCUUCAAAGUCACCUUUAAGUCCUCUGCAACCUCUGCCAUUGUCUUCUUGGAAUAUGACCUGGACUCUUCCACUACCAUAAACUUUGAACAUGCUGGUGUAAGCCUCACUGGGAAAGUGGUUUUCACCCAUACCGAUCUGAUCAUGGACAUUCAACAUAUGCUCUCCCAUACUCUAAGUGACUCUCGUCUCACCCUGAAUGUGGACGUAACAAGCCCUGCCUUCACCGACAUGAAAUUGCGUUAUGCUGUCCGCAAAGAUGGAAUCAGCGCCACAAUUUCUAUCCCAUCAACUGGUUUCCUUGGUCUUCAGCUCCAUGGCAGGAUCCCAUCUCAGAUAAAUACCAGGCUUUAUGGCCGUUAUGCUUCUGACCCUGGGAAGGAUGUUGAUAUCUUCACCGCCAGAGUAUCUGCCAAGGAUGCCUAUAAAAUGAAUCUGAAGAUGGUCUUCAACAUGGAUGUCCCUGACAUCAUGCUCAGCGGACUCCAGGAAAAACUUCCUGCCAUCACCUCUUGUUUGUCAAGCUUUGCUGAGAAAUACCAACUGUUCAGAUAUGCUGCUCAACUGAACAAUAUUAUUAUUUACUAUACUGAGGAGGUCCAAAACAUAGCAAACAACCAUGCCCCAAAUCUGAGCCAGAUUUCCAUCCUCUUUAGAAACACUGUUGUUCGGUACCAGAAGACUGUUCAGGUCUUCUUUAAUGCUGCCAUAAGGUUCCUGAGGGAGACCCAUGUCAGACUGCCUGGCUCUGAGGAAAUGACCACUCCCAUUGAGGUGCUCAACAAGAUGACCAGCAGCAUUACUUCUGGGGUAGAGAAAGCAAUCCAGCUGGUGACUGUUACUGUAGAAGAUGCUUUCAGUGCCAUAAUUCGCAUGAUUAGUAAAAUUCAGGUUACAAUGCCCAUUGGUGAUGUCAUGGCUGGAGGCAAAAUAAUUGACAAGAUCAGGGACAGAGUAAAGGCUUUGCCUAAUCAUGUUGUGGAUGCUAUGAAGCGCCUGGAGAGUCUAGACAUGCUCCUGGAGAAACUGAGUGACACCUUAAAAUUCUUUGUUGACAAAGCUCAGGACUUUGUUGACAACGCCCUAAAGUCUGAUGUUUUUGAUGCCGUUGCUGUCUACAUUAAUGCUUGCUAUGACAAACAUGAAAGCUUCAUGAAAACAGUCACCAAGUUUGCAAGCACAGUUGGGGACAUUGAGUCUAUAAAUGGCACCAUUAAUUACAUUCUGGAUGUUUUCAGAUCUGUAGUGAACCAAUUUAACUACACUGUUACUGACUAUGUGCAACAGGUUCCUGCUCAAUACAGAGCUUAUGUAAAAGUUAAGGGGGGAAAGCUUGAGAUUAAUCUUUGA